AUGUCUUCCUUCGUCAAAGGCAAGCUCAAAGCGGCCCGCGAAGCUCUGGCCAAAAGGGACUAUGAGAAAGCCAAAGACGCAUCCUUUGAGGUUCUGGAGUAUGAGCCCGAGAACUACAACGCAAAUGUCUUCCUUGGCCUAGCCCUGUUGAAUCUGAAACAGAUUGACGAAAGCGAGCAAGCGUAUCGGAAGGCAAUCAAAAUCAGUCCUGAUCAGCCUCUAGCUUUGCAGGGACUUACGAAACUUUACGAAGAAGCACAGAAGUGGAAUGAAUAUGUGGACGCACUUGAACAUUUGGCUCAGACAUUCGCGAAAGCGGACGAUGCAGCAAAGUGUGCCGAGACAAUUCAGAAACUCAUCGAGUUCCGGCGGAAGCCUGGCCAUUAUACUCGACUUGCACAAACAUUGUCUCUCUUACUUCCCGACUCGCCGUUCUACUCCGUCUUGUCCUCGCUGCCUCCUCCGGACCCUACAAACCCUACAGCCAGCGCCACUCAUCUCACGCAGGAGGCCAUGCAGAGCAGUCUUCCAGUGCUAGAAGAGAUUGUCUCGCUUUACGAGCAAGAGGAGAAAGAAAUCGUCGAAAAAGAGGUGUCAAAACGUAGGACGCGUCUCGGUGCUGGUUCACCAGAGCAGAUCCGGAGGGAAGUCACACUGGAGGUCUUGGGAUCCUCACAGUUGCCAAAGCUGUACAAUGAUAUUUUGAACCACCCGAACACAUCGGACGAGUUGCGACGUGCGACUGAGUCGAAGCUGCUUCGCCAUAAACAGCGAUAUCUAUACGGUCUACCUGCCACCGGAGAGUUGGCAGCGCAAAAAGCAUCUGUCGCUGCGGAAGUGGAAGAGCUCGUGAACGGCAUGGUCCUGCUGGAGGUCCGAGACGAGCUCGCGUGGACACUGUUCAUCGAAGGAAAGGAUGCAGAGACCACUGUAGAGCAGUACGAUUUCGACACACUCUGUCGAUACAUUCGACUCUUCCCUGAUGCUGCUUUGGCGAAACUUGUCGCGGCUUAUUUUAAGUAUAUGAACAUCUCGCUCUCGGAGGCUGAGGAUGAAGAGAUGCCGCAUGACAGGCCAGUGAAUGAAGAUGAAGACUAUGUUAACAACAUAAUCGAUGCAUUCAAUGCCCUUCCAGACUCUCUUCUUGCACAUAGGAUCAUGGUACAGGUCUAUCAAAUCGAGGAUGACUUGGAGGAUGCUAUCAAAGUUGCCAGCAAAGGGCUCCAGUUGGUCAAGACAGCUGAAGAAAAUACCGGAAGACCAUUGACAUUAGUCAGGAAGGCGUUCAACGUCGCACUAGCAACAUCGUUGGUGCAUUAUUUCCCUCCGAAACACCACUCUCGUGCACUCGGUAUCAUUAUCGACAUCCUCGGUCAAGAUCCAGACAACGUGCCAUGCCUAUUGGGCCGUGGUUACAUACUUCAGCACAGUGGCAAAUGGUCUGAAGCGGGGGAGCUAUUCGCCAAAGUGGCGCAACUUCUUCCGGACGAUCUGGACCAAGGUAUUCGUGCGAGAGAAGAACACGCCUGGUGCCAAGUACAUUGUCGCCAUGACGAGGACGCUGCGGCGGAAUUGCGAGACAUCAUAGCUACCGUGGACACGUUUGACGGCAGGGACACGGACAAGGCGCGUUGUUGGUGGAGGCUGGGCAAGUGCUAUUGGCAAAUGGGCAAUGACCACCGUGAAGAGGCUUAUCGUUGCUUUAUAACUUCCCUGAAGCGAUCGCCGACAUUCGCUCCCGCAUUCACCUCACUUGGUAUCUACUAUUCAGAUUUCCUGUCACCUCCGGAUCCCAACCGGGCGUCAAAGUGUUUCCAGAAAGCGUUCGAACUCGAUCCGCGCGAGGCAGAGGCAGCUCGCAGGCUUGCUGAAGGCUUUGCCGAGGAACAGGAAUGGGACCUGGUUGAAAUCGUGGCUAGGCGUACUAUUGAUGGAGAGGGUGGCUGGGAAGGCGGAACCGCUAUGGCUAGGUACUUGCCCGUCAACGCUUGGGCUUGGAAGGCUGUCGGCGUGGUAGAGUUGAGUCGUCAUAAUAAUCCUCCAGCCAUUCAAGCAUUCCAGAUUGCGCUGAGAACAGAUUCGGAUGACCAGCUACUAUGGCUGCGAUUAGGAGAAGCAUACAGCAAGGCCGGUCGGUUUGCAGCCGCAGUCAAGGCGCUAGAGCGUGCGCGAGAAUUGGAUCCGGAUGACUGGAUAUGUUCCUACUUUAUUGGAGACGUGCAGCGGCAGACUGGCGAAUACACGGAAGCUAUCAAGGCGUUCAAGUCAAUCCUUACGAACCAUCCGUCCGAGAUCGGCGUGCUUCUUUCCCUUGGUCAGACAUAUCUCGACCUCGGGCGCGCAGAGGUUGCCACUGCUUACCUUGCGAGAGCAGAGUCGUCGUUCGUUUCUGCUAUUCGCGUGAUGCUUCAAUUUGUGGAAAUCAGCUCUGGAUUUCGGCGUGUCGCUUGGAAGACUGCUGCUGAUGCUGUGCGCAGCCUCUCUCAACUCCGGUCGUUCUCAGACGAGGACAAUGUCCGCUCUGUCCUCGCUGAUAUGGCGCCACUGCUCUCGGGUCAUCCUGGCACGAGCAUUUCUGAUAUUAUUCCAUCCGCCUUUACAUUAGACUCCUCGUCCGAUCUAUCUCUCGCGGCGUUAGAGCUUGCUGUGGCGGCAUACGACUACCGCAUCACUCUAGACUCUCUCGAUGACCGAGCUAGUGGGAACGCACAUUACGAUCUGGGCGCGUCAUUGUUUUCCUACUCUCGCAGAACCACAGACGGUAGUAGGCGGGAGCGUAUACUGCAAGAAUCCAUUCGGCAUAUUAAGGAGGCCUUGCGUACGGAGCCUGGCAAUGAUGACUACUGGAACGCUUUGGCGAAUGCGACCUUCGAGUCCCAACCAAAGAUUGCUCAGCACGCUUUCAUCCGUGCUCUCGAGAUCGACUCGAAGAAUACUGCAACUUGGGCGAACCUCGGCCUGUUCUAUCUACACCAUGGCGACACAGAGCUCGCCAACGAGUCAUUCUUCAAAGCCCAGACGUUGGAUCCUGACUACGCGUUAGCCUGGGUCGGACAAGGGUUGGUCGCGACCGUCAACGGGCAUACGCCGGAGGCGAGGGCAUUGUUCGAGCAUGCAGUUGGUCUGACAGCACCGGUUCCGGAUGCUGAUGUCGAAUUCUCCAAACGUCUGUUUGAUAGAGUGAACUCAUCCUCCGAGUCACGUCUGCCUGCGACAGACGCCUUGUUCCCUGCGUUUUUCGUUUUGGAUAGGUUCUGCAGGGAACGACCGCAGGAUGCUUCUGCAUUACACCUGUUCGGCCUCAUCUGCGAGAGGGUCGGGCACUUACAGCUUGGCGGAGAAAUGCUCGCACGUGCCAUCUCGCUGCUCGAGGCGGCUUACGAGGAGAGCGAAGAUCCCGUCAUCGAGAGACGAUUCACUAUCGCUCAUACGAACCUGGCUCGCCUCCGUCUCUCCUUACGAGACUAUGAAGGCGCUUUGGAGUCGCUUCACAUCGUGAUGGGACUGCUUUCAGAGGAGCCUGAGGAUCAUACGUCGAGAAUAUUGCUCACUCAUGCGCAAUGCGUCUCUGGAUUGGCCCAAUUUAAGCUAGGCCAGCUGGCAGAAGCUGUGGGCUUGUUUCAAGCCGCUCUCCAUGCAGCAAUAGAGGAUUUCACGCUGCGCGGACAUGUCAUCAUAUUGCUCGCGCAAACUCUAUGGGCUGUCGGAAGUCACGAUGGUCGAGAGUCAGCUAAAACUCAGCUGUUGCAAAGCAUCGAGUCUGAUCCUGAGAAUCUCAUGGCCAUCAACAUCUUAGCCGGGAUGGGGAUCUUGACUGAUGAUGAUAGCCUUGUGGAUGCUGCCUCGUCAGAGAUCUUAGGCUUACCGCUGGACGAGCGCCUCAGUCGGGACCCGGGCAGGGACGUAACAUAUCUGCUCAUUCAGCAUCACCUUGCUCAAGGCGACAUCACACAAGCAUUAUCUGUUGCUCAAAGAGCUGUGGUGGCGGAACCGUCACAACCGGAGAUUAGGCAGAACCUGGCCUCCUUAGAUCUUCGUCAAGGAAGAAGCGACAGCGCGCUCGCCAUGAUCGUAGGCUCAUCUUCGACGCGCGAAGACAAUCUCGCACGGCUCCGUGAAUCUCUCCAUCUGGAGGCGAUCGCGCGAUCGCUCGCUAAGAGCGACCGUGAGACCAAGACAGAGGCGCAGAAGAUCGCCCAGCGUGCGGUUAUGCUAAUCCCAUGGGAGCAACGAAACUGGCAGGCUCUCGCGUUCGUGCGAACUCAGUGUGAAUAG